AUGCCCUGUUCGGACGGUGCUGCCAUGGAAGCUGGCCCUUCCUGCCCCGUGCUUUCGGCAUGGAAGCAAAGCCCUGUGGUAAUGUCGCAGCUGUUGAAAGAUAAGCUUGUGAUUGUGCAGUACGCCAGCCUGUCGAGAAUGCGACCAACCGUGCCCGCCAUCGCCGAGUACUUGAAAAGGUUUUACACUAACGAGUUGCCCAUUUCUCGAAAAGUGCCAGCAGGUAAUGCAUCGAGCGCCGCCGGUGACGAAGCCGGGGAGUCCUCGGAAGAGGACGAUGAUGAGGGUGGUGAAGGGGGCGAGUCUGAGGAAGCUUCCGAAGACAUGGUGAUUGACGAUGCUCCUGAGUUGCCUGGUGGUGCACCGGAAAGCCACCUGAAGCCAAUCUCUGAAGAAGUUGUGGCAGCCCCGGACCCACUUCCCGAAGCCUCGACAAGCUCAGCUCCCGUGGAGAUCGAUUCCGAGUGUGAUUCCUCGGACAGCUCCCUCGGAGUCCUCGUCGUCGUCGUUGAUUGUGACACCGCGAAGAAGAAAGGGAAACAUUACUUUGUAAAGGACAGAACCUAUGGGUAUCGCUGCCUGAAUUGCGACUGUGCAAGCCAAGAGUUAGAUAUUUUGAAGGCACUUCAGUGCCUUCCGCCUAAGGGCUCGGAGGCCAGGGUUCAGGCAACCGAUGAUGCUGAGAUUGAGCUGGAGAAGCUACGAGACCUGGAGGCCGAGGGCUUGCAGCUUCAGGAGCUGCUUAAGUUUGAGCAGGAGCAGCUGGAAGAGAUGAUGUUGCAAGCCGAGCUAGAUGAACUUGAGAGACAGGUAGCCCAAGAAGAGUACGAGCUACAUGAGGCCAAGGUUCGUAGCCUUGAGGAAGCUGCAAUCCAAGCAAGCAAAAGGUCAGUGGAUGCUGAGCCACCAGCAGCAAGCGAUGCAAAGCGCACGGCGGCAGCAGCAGGCGAUGCAAAUCAGGUGGACCCAACAGCAACAGCAGGCAAUGCAGAGCAGGUGGACCCAGCAAAAGCAGCAAGCAACGCAAAGCAGAGGGACCCAACAGAAACAGCAGGCGAUGCAAAGCAGGUGGACCCAACAGAAGCAGCAGGCAACGCAAAGCAGGUGGACCCAACAGAAGCAGCAGGGGUCAUGGUGGACCCAGCAUCAGCAAGGGAUAAGUUGGAGCUAGCAACACCAAGGGAUGCAAAGCGGCCUCGCAUGGAACAGUCCAGCACGGCAGUGGUCAGCAGGGGGUGUUCUGGGGAUGCCGAAACCCUGGCACAGAAUGCAUUGCUUCAUGAGCCAAGCAUGCCGCCGGGUAGAGGACCUGAUUGCUUCGACACACUGCCCUAUGAUUGUGACCCGAACGACAUCGGCCUGGAGCAGGAGAGCAAUGGCAUCGGCGAUGUCGGCAAGGGGCAACACCUGCAGAUACCCCAACUGAGCCUGAUGAUGCAAGCCACCACACUCUGCACUAUGAGCCCUCCUGUGAGAGUUGAACCGUUGUCUCCGGCUGAGCAGACUCAGCUGAGUGGGGCAAAAAAAGCCGCCGCCAAAGGCAGACCCAGGCGCUCCAGGAAGCGAGUUGGCGAUGCAGAGAGCGGUGAAGAAGAGGAUGAUGAGGAGAUUGUCUUGAAAAGGCCAAAGACCAAGGCAAACCAGAAGAUCAGUGCAAGGCUGCGGCUAAGAAGGCCUACAGUGCGACAUCCUGAUUCGAAAGUGGAGCCGCCUACAUGGUGCUGGAUGCACAUGAACGAUGGAUGCCUCCAAAGCGGGAUCGUGUCCAAGGAUGGCAAGUCCGAGCCGCCAGAGCAGGUUCUCCUACUCCGAUGGAUGACUUCCCUUAACUUCGAGGAGAAGUACGAGUUCUUCGAGCUGUUCUCCGGAGAGGGGAAAGUUACGCAGUUCUGGCACUCGUCGGGGCUUUCUACUGCAAGCUUCGACAAACUCUACGGCGACCCCAUGAACUUCCUUGAAAACCAGGGCUUCUCGAUUGCCCUCUGGGUGGUGCUGAACGAGUGCCCCGACGCCUUCAACCUCAUCGGCCCGGACUGUAGCAGACACGUCGACAAGAAUGGCCGUCGUCGCUUCACCGGACGCAGGGACGAGCUGAAGAUGUCGGGGUGCCUGGGCGGUAAGAGGCCUUGGCUGGCUAGGUUAUAUAGGGAAGGGUUCUAUGGUGGGGUAGGUUGCCUGGUAGGUAGGUUGCCCAAGCCCCCACUAUAUAAUUAUAUUUGGGUAGCUACCUGGCCCUGCUCCAGAAGUUUCGUAGACUACAAAAACCUACCAAUCCUAUAUGCCCCUGAAGCAGCAAACUCAAUUCAUACCCAAACCCCAAAGCACUUCAAGCUUUCGGGUUUCAAGUAG